UGAAGUACAAAGCAGGUAUAGCUGAUCUGAAAUGGCUUCUUUCGGGGACGGAAAAUACUUUAUCGAGAACGUCGAAACCAAACGCUACUUGUUCCAGGAUGGUGAAAAGCUCAAAGGUGAACGUGGCAGCGAAGGUGGCUGGUUAGCGAGCUCUGGCUUUGAAUCUCCAAAAUGUGUCGGAGCUGACGCCAACUACUACAACAGAGCUUAUUGGAAGUUUGUGCCUCAAGGCGAAGACAAGUACUUCAUCGAGAAUGUGGAAACCGAGCGCUAUUUGUUCCAAGACGGACCGAAGAUUGAGGGUGAUCGUGGCAGCGAAGGUGGUUGGUUAGCAAGCUCCGGAUUUGAAUCGCCAAAAUGUGUUGGUGCUGACGCUAACUACUACAACCGCGCUUACUGGAAACUGGAACCACAAGGCGAUGGCAAAUACUUCAUUGUCAAUGUUGAAACUCAACGUUAUCUCUUCCAAGACGGUCCUGAAAUCAAGGGUGAGCGUGGCAGCGAAGGUGGUUGGUUAGCAAAUUCUGGGUUUGAAUCUCCAAAAUGUGUCGGAGCUGACGCCAAUUACUACAACCGAGCUUAUUGGAAGAUCAUUAGUCAAUGAACUUCGUCUAUAAACACAUUUUAAACAAAAUUAACAUUAAUAUAGCGUGUUUAUCUUGCCCAUAUUUUAUACCUGUCAUAUGUUUUCAUUUAAUAUGUUAAUUAAUAAAUUGCCUAUCGAAGCGAUAAGUUUAUUUUAAAAGUUAUCAUUAAUUUUUGUCAUUCUCUGCUCUUACGCUGGAAUUAUUAAUAAAGUUUCU